AUGGUCCAACAAGACCCCCAUAAAUCCCGUAGGCCUACUCAAAUCACUCUUGGCACUGAUCAGGAUCCAUACAAUAAGGAGGAGUUGGUCAAUACGCUCAAGGGCCGCGAACUUGGCCUAUUCGUCGUCUUCUACAUCUGCGCCGUGCUCUUCAUCGUGAUGACGUUCGAAUUCUUCAAACCAAUCUUUUUCACCAAUAAUUACCCUAAUUAA